AUGGAGGAUUAUAGUCACUUCAGAAGUGACAGCGAGCUGAGAGCGGGCGUGCUGGUGUGGCAAAUAUUGUCACCAUUUCUGCUCGUGUUCGGCACAUUUGGAAAUGCGCUGUCGAUUAAAGUGCUAACAACGCCGAAAUUCCUUCGCUCAACGUCCACCGUUUACUUGUUAGCUCUUGCAGUGGCAGAUUUGAGUCUCUUGUAUGUCGGAUUGUUAAGACAAUGGAUAAAGUAUACAUUUGACAAGGACAUCCGUCAUCAAUCCGGGUUGCUGUGCAAGCUCCAUUGGUACGCUAUGUACACCUGUUCCGACAUUGCUGUUUGGAUACUACCAGCUAUUACCGUGGAGCGCCUUGUUGCGACCAUCUGUCCUCUGAAAAGCAGGUCUGUUUGUACGAAGACAUACGCAAAGGUCGUCACAGUUAGUAUAAUUGUUACCGCACUAUUGAUUAACGUGCAUAUUUUGUAUGGGUUCGGACGUUUAGAGUUACAGAUGAACAACCAGACAGUUAUUUUUCCAUGUAUCCCGUUAACAAAGUCUUACGAAGCAUUCUUCGAAAAAACUUGGACCUGGAUCGAUCUUUGCAAAUUUUCUCUUCUACCUUUCGCCAUAUUAACAAGCGGAAACAUCUGCAUUGUUUAUCGCCUUUUACUGAGCAGUAAAAAGUUCAAAAACAAGGUGGCGCCAUCCGGAAAUAUCGAGGCACCAUCUGGGCGUUUACAUUCCCAGAGGAGGUCAAACAUGUCAAUUCUUCUUGUAUGUCUGAAUUUUGUAUUUAUUUUCUGCACCCUUCCAGUGUGUGUAUACUUUAUCGGACUACCUAACUUUAUCCCUAAGGACAUUCCCAGGAACAUCCAGCUACAGGACCCAUGGUGGGCUCUGGUGAACAUGCUAUUGUACCUGAAUUAUUCCUGCAACUUCAUUAUGUACUGUCUUGCAGGGUCUAGGUUUAGAAACGAGGUGAGAAAACUCUUCAAGUGCGGAAAGCAAACCAAUGCUUUAACUCAAACGUCAAGUUUCAGAGCAUGA